AUGAAGCUCCUGAUACUGGCUUGUGUGCUGGCAGUCACUGCGGACGCCGCUCCUCAGGGAUACAACCAAGCCGCGCCCACUGGUCCAGCAUUCUCUGCUGGUUCAGGGUUCUCCGGUGGCUCAUCAUUUGGAUCUGGUCACUCAUCAGGGGGCUCAGGAUUCUCGGGUGGUUCAGGGUUCUCCUCUGGUGGGUCUGGCUACUCCGGAGGCGGCUGUGGUUCCGGACAGAUUCGGCAUGUGGACGGCAGCUGUGUGACUCCUCAGAUCACUCGAAACUUGUAUGUGUACAACGUGCCUGAAACUGCUCCCGUAGUUGGUCCACGACCAUACCUUCCACCACCAAGAGUUGAGCACAACAUUGUGUUCAUCCGCACCCCGGAGAACGGUCCAGGACAGGAGCCAAUUGUCAUACCACCACCUCAACAGAAAAAUAUAUUGUAUGUCCUCAAUAAGCGACCCUUGAACGAUCAGAAGGUCAUCCACGUACCAGCACCGGAACAAGAAAGUCCUCAAGUGUUCUUCGUCAAUUAUGGAGAAGGAGACAACCCGACGCUGCCUACCGGUGGAGACCUGCAGUCUGCCCUCAGCUCUGCUGCCCAAGGUGGCGGUGACGUCAUUAGUGGCAGUGAUGGAGGAUUUGGUGACGGCGCUGCCUUUGCAAGCGGUGGUGGCGGCGCUGGCUUUGCAAGCGGUGGUGGCGGCGCUGGCUUUGCAAGCGGUGGUGGCGGCGCUGGCUUUGAAAGUGGUGGAGGCGGUUUUGUGAGUGGUGGAGGCAAUGCCGGAGGUGGAGGCGGAUAUUCGGCUCCUUCUGUUGCACAGCCGUCAACACAGUAUUCACAGCCUUAAUGUAAGAUUUCUUGUUAGUUUGUGAUGAUGUGGAUGUACAUGUAUCUGUCUAAUGUUAAUGUUAUUAACACUGACUACUACUACAUACCAAUAUGAACGUGUUUACGGCCUGUUAAAUUUGUUUUGUUAUAUUUCUACAAAUAAAAAGUAAUAC